CGUGUGCGAGGAGGAAGAAGAAGAAAGCGCUCUUGAGAAGAAGCUGCGGGGAGCAGAAUAUGCGGGCUCACAUUGUAACCAUUGCAGUUCUCUCUCUUAUUCCAAAGACGUUCACGUGGACGUCGGACAGCCUUAAUUGCACAGGAUUAUCCCAGGGUGUCUUGAAGGAAAUCCGUGGCUACGCGCCCACAGCAAAGAGGAUCAUAGACCAUGUCUUGUCAGGACCGGGUAGGGGAAAAACGUACGACGACCUCGCACUGUUUGUGGACAAGUUUGGCCACCGACUGACCGGAUCAGAGAGCCUGGAAAAUUCCAUCGACUACAUGGUCGAUCUGCUCGAGAGGAAAAACUUGAGCAUGGUGUGGACGGAGAAUGUGACCGUGACCCCUUGGGUUCGCGGCACCGAAGUCGCCUGGAUGACCAAGCCCAGGAAGAAAUACUUGAAUAUAUUGGGUUUGGGCGGCAGCAUAGCCACCGGACAGCGAGGCAUCACAGGUCGGGUUCAUGUGGUUUCGACCUUUGAGGAGCUGAACCAAACUGCUUCAGAGGCGUGUGGCAAGAUCGUGUUGCUGAACGCGCCUUUCGUCAAGUAUUCGGAGACAGUUGUGUACCGAUAUCAGUCCGCUGCUGCAGCUAGCCGAGCCGGAGCCUUGGCAGUUCUCAUUCGUUCCAUUAGUCCUUUCUCCAUCGACAGUCCUCACACCGGCAUUAUGGAAUACGAGGAAGGAAUAAAGAAGAUACCCGCUGCAGCUCUGUCCAUCGAGGAUGCAGAACUCAUAGAAAGGAUAUCGAAGAGAGGAGAAACUGUCGAAGUUCAUCUGUACAUGGAAGCAGCGCUUAAAUCACAAACCGUAUCCCGAAACACCAUUGCUGACAUCAGGGGCAGAGAAAAACCGGACGAGCUGGUCCUUGUCUCGGGCCACCUCGACAGCUGGGACGUUGGUCAAGGUGCAAUGGACGACGGCGGGGGAGCUUUCAUAUCCUGGAGGGCACUCGAGACCUUACGUGAGCUAGACCUGACACCGCGGAGAACCCUUCGGGUCGUCCUCUGGACGUCCGAGGAGCAAGGUUUGAUUGGAGCCAAGGCUUAUUUUGACGCACAUUCCAAAGAGCCGUACAGCAUCGUCAUGGAGUCAGACCAUGGCACGUUCAAACCUCUAGGACUGACGUUUUCGGGCAACAGUACAGAUGCUCAGUGUAUCGUGCGGGAAGUUGUUUUCCUAAUGGACUCCAUGAACGCGACGGAGCUUGUGGAAGGCGAUACGACACCGGACCUCAAGUAUUUUGUUGAAGCGGGUGUUCCAGGAGCUGGGUUACACAAUGAGAAUGACAAGUACUUUUACUUCCACCACUCCCAAGGCGACACAAUGACGGUACUGAAUUCUACAGAGCUGGACAUGUGCACUGCUUUGUGGACUGUCUCAUCCUACGUGUUCGCCGAUAUGAGCAUCAUGUUGCCGCGAUGAGGACAGCAACCUUCCAGCUCCGAUUGUUUGCUUGAUGACAAUGAUCUCUGCAUAGUAGCAUGAGCGAAUUUGUACUUUUUUUCUCUUCACAAAUUAAAAGCACGGUCGGAGGCAAUUCA